AUGAGAAAUUCAGUAAUUUCUUCAUCAAUCUCUCAUUUUACUCUCUGCUCAAUCAAAAGCCCAAAGUUCUUCUCUUCACAACCUGAACGCCCCAUUAACCUUAUCUCAGAAACCCCACUUUCCCAGAGUUUUCCCGAGAAAAUCACCGAUUGUCCUCGAAAAUCCAUACCAACAUCACAAGAAUCAAUUUUGACAGAAACCAAUGUCCUCAAUACCCUUCCAAAUCAAAAAAAUGAUCCACAAUCAGCUGAAUUCCACACCAGCCCCAUCUCAGAAUCUCCACCUUCACGGCUUCCCAAUCCUAACUCCAACUUUCCCGAGAAAAUUACCGAUACUCCUGGAAAAUCUGUACCAACCUCACAAGAUUCAGUUUUGACACAAACCCAAUUCAUAAAUACCCUUCUAAACCACCAAAAUGAUCCGCAAUCUGCUCUUAGUUACUUCAUUUGGGCUAGUAAAAAGAGAGGGCUUAUCAGAAGCGUCGAUGCAUUAUGUGUUUUGCUUCACAUUUUGACCAAGUCUGUGGAGACCUGUGGAAAUGCUAGAAAUCUGCUCGAUCGAUUUGUUUCGGAUGAUUGGGGACCUGUGCCUAGUGUUGUUGUUGAUAGGCUAAACGAGAGUUCAAAAAGAUUGGAUUUUGAAUCUGAUUCUCGGGUUUUUAGUUACUUGUUGAAGAGUUAUGUUGACACUAAGAGGAUUAAUAAUGCUAUUGAUUGUUUUAAUUCAUUGAUUGAGAAAGAUAUAGUUCCUUAUCUUCCUGUUAUGAAUAUUUUUUUAAGUGAAUUAGUCAAGAAUGAUAUGAUUUGUGAAGUGCGGGAUGUGUAUAAUAAGAUGGUUUCGAAAGGGGUUAGUGUUGAUUGUGCCACAGUUAGUAUAUUGAUUCGUGCAUCCUUGAGAGAAGGAAAAUUAGAGGAGGCAGUGGGGUGGUUUAGAGAGGCAAAGGAUAAAGGAGUAGAGCUUGAUGUCAGGGUGUAUAGCAUUGUUAUUGAGGCUGUUUGCAGGAAGCCUGAUUCUGUUGCAGCAUGUGGAUUGUUGACGGAGAUGAGAGAUAAGGGGUGGGUACCGCAUGAGGACAUAUUUACGCGGGUUAUUGGGGUUUGUAUGAAGCAAGGAAAGAUGGUGGAAGCAUUGAAAGUUAAAGAUGGGAUGUUGAGUUGUGGGAAGCCAAUGAACGUGGUGGUGGCAACGACUUUGAUAAAGGGUUAUUGCAAGCAAGGAGACUUGAAUAAUGCUCUAGAAUUGUUUGAUAAAAUGAAUGAGAAUGGAAUUUGUCCGAACAAUGUUACAUACGCGGUUAUCAUUGAAUGGUGUUGUAAGAAUGGCAAUAUGGAUAAGGCUUAUGAGAUUUACAACCAAAUGAAAAACAAGGACAUAUCCCCUACUGUCUUCAAUGUGAAUUCCUUGAUCCGGGGAUUCUUGAAAGCACGGUCACUUGAAGAUGCAUCCAAGUUGUUUGAUGAGGCAGUUGAGUGUGGGAUUGCUAAUCUCUUCACUUAUAGUUCUCUAUUAUCAUGGUUAUGUAACAAGGGUAAGAUGAGUGAGGCAUGCAGUGUAUGGGAGAAGAUGGUAAGCAAAGGUGUUCAACCCUCUGUACCUUGUUACAAUAGCAUGAUCCAUGGCCACUGCAGACAAGGCGAUUUGGAUUCAGCAAAUGGUGUGUUUGUGGAGAUGCUUGAAAAGGGUUUAAAACCUAAUGUGAUUACAUAUUCUGUUUUGAUGGAUGGCUAUUUCAAAAAGGGUGACACUGAAUAUGCCUUAGAUUUAUAUGAUCGUAUGCAGGGUGAAAAUAUUGUCCCAUCGGAUUUCACUUGCAAUAUUGUAAUACAUGGUUUGUGCAAAGCUGGUCGCACAUCUGAGGCACAGGAUAUGUUGAAGAAGUUGGCCGGGGAGGGUUUCAUUCCCUCCUGCAUGACAUACAACUGCAUUAUAGAUGGAUUUGCAAAGGAGGGCUCUAUAGACUCUGCCUUGGCUGUUUAUACAGAGAUGUGCAAAAGUGGAGUAUUUCCAAAUGUCGUCACUUACACUAACUUGGUUAAUUGUUAUUGCAAGAGCAAUAAUAUGGAUCGUGCUUUGAAGAUGCUGAAUGAGAUGAAAAACAAGGGUAUUGAACCGGAUGUUGCCUUAUAUGGUGCUGUGAUUGAUGGAUUUUGCAAAAAAGGAGACAUGGUAAGUGCAACCCAGCAUUUCUCUCAACUCCUCGAAGUUGGGUUAUCACCAAAUAGAGUAGUCUACAGUUCUAUGAUAAGUGGCUUCAGGAAUCUCCAGAAUAUGGAAGCAGCACUUAACUUGUACAAGAGAAUGACAAGUGAGGGUAUUCCUUGUGAUUUACGUAUUUACACUACACUGAUUUCUGGAUUGCUAAAACAGGGUAAAUUACUCCUUGCAUCAGAUCUUUAUGCAGAGAUGAUUGCAAAGGGUAUCAGGCCUGAUUUAAUAGCUUACAGUGUUCUGAUACACGGUCUUUGUAGUCAAGGACAGCUAGAGAAUGCACGGGAAAUUUUGGAAGAUAUGGAUAAGAAAUGUAUGACCCCCAGUGUCUAUAUAUAUAAUACGCUGAUUGCUGGACACUUUAAAGAGGGCAAUCUACAAGAGGCUUUUAGACUGCAUAAUGAGAUGCUCGACAAAGGUCUUGUUCCUGAUGAUAUUACUUAUGAUAUUCUUGUAAAUGGAAAAGUCAAUGAUGGAAUAUGGGCUGAGCCUUAA